UAUAUAGUCGGAAAUAAAAUGAAUGCUCCAACGUACAUAGAAAAGAAUUUAGGGAAAAAGAGAGACGAAGAGAAGAAGUACGAACUCCACACGAAGAAACUCAAAGAAAUCCAAGAGCGAGGCCCCAAGAAGAAGCCGAAGGCGGUCCCGACCAUCGGCAAGAAGCUCAAAGACCACAAAGACAAGACCCAGCAGUUCAUGAAGAACGAGAAGAACGCAGAGAUCAACAGGGAAAACAAGAUUCUCCUCGACAAGCUCGUCGAGAUUUCGAACGGCAAGUUUUCGUCCGUGAGCAAGCCCGUCAAGAAGGCCAAGAAGGCCAAGAAGGCGGUUCAGACCAAGAAGUCGCUGAAUUACGAAAAGAGGAGGAAAGAGUUCGAGCGGAUCGAGCGAGAGAACAUGGCCAUUGCUCAGCGUCUCUACAACAAAGAAAGUUCAAUUUCCAAGAAGAAGAUGGACAAGGACUUCAACACCAACGAGAAAUACAAGAAGCAAAUCCAGAAGCUCAAGGCAGCCAACGCCAAGAAAAAGAAGGCCAAGAAGACAGAGGCAGAAGAACAGAAGAUCGAAGAGGAGAAGGCGCUGAACGAAGACGAAGCGCCUGAUACAUUAAGUCAGCAAGAUGGAGACGCAGAAGACAAACCUGCUAACGAUGAAGCUGACACAAAAGACGCCAAAGAACCUGACACCAAAGCCGAAGACCCUACCGACAACGACAAAGCUGACGCUCCUAAAGCGGAGGAUGGCGAGGGCAACAAGAAGUCGGAGGGAGAGCCAGACUACGCUGUCGAGUAGCCCCACAAUGAGGAAGGCUAACAGU